AUGCCAAAAUCAAAUCCAUCCGCGUCCCCGAGGACACAGCACUCCAACGCAAAAUCCUCUGGCGACGACAACGCUGCUCGCCUCUCCGACGUCGCCCUCAGGAAAAAGAAAAACGCAGAUGCCCAGGCUGCAUUCAGAGCUAGAAGAGCCAAUUAUAUUGCUACUCUCGAAGAAACAGUGACGAGUCUGGAAUCUGUUGUCAUCCAACUCCAAGAAUCGUGUCGAGAAUCUCGCGCAGAGGCCCUCGAGUUGCGUCAGGACAACGUCCGCCUGCGUUAUGAACUUCGGGAGCGUGAAAAAUACUGGAGGGUCCUGUGGCAAUCGCGCAAAGCGGGACAAGAUCCCGACGAUGCUACCCCGCCAUUGCCGCCGCUACCAUCCGCCGCCCUCGCGCCUCCCAAUGUCCACAUCGGGCCCUCUCAUGCAGUUCAAUACCCCGACGACAGCGUAUCUUAUAGACCGGAUGAACCCUCCACAUCCACUCCCUUCAACGGCUCUGAAAAUUCGUAUGCAUCGCCAUCCAUUCCUCUGGUAGAACAAGAGAACGGCCACGACGAGUCAAGUUCCAGGCUCGCCAAGUACGGCGCUUAUUCCUAUCCGACCAACACGAUUAACGGUUCUCCGCGUGACUCACGAUGGCCAUUACAAGUUCUCCCUGUGGUCAACCCUGGCGGUGAGUCUGGCACACAGACACCAAUUUACGGCGAAUCACCUACCCUCACCUCGCCCGAAAUGUCAUUUACCGGAUACGCGGCUGAAGAAACAAAGCCUGCACUCCAUAACGUUCUCGACAGGGCGCCCUAUGGAUUCGCGACUGACGAACGCUUUCCACAACGAUUGAAUGACGGUAGCAUCCCCAGCGACAGCAGGUCGAUAUCACCGACCGCUUCCACUGCUCAGACAGCCUCCUCCUCUGCUACCUCCCUGACCUCGCCCUUUAAUUUUACCUUUCCUGACAGCUCUGCAUCUAACGACCGCAGAGAUUUCGACUUUCGACGCCAUUCCCUGCCCCAGGGGGAGAUUACUCUCCAUGGUGGUACUGCCGACAUCACGAUGGCUGGUCUCGCAGGAUCCGAUGCCGUCAGGUACCGCCUAAAUUCCCGAAAGGAUGUCCUAGGACAGCUACCACCAGUAGUUGCCGGCAACGACAACGGUGGGGCAUCAUCCGACCGAACCAGCGGCGACGAUGUCCAUUCACUCGCAUCCCGGUUGCGGCGAAGGCGAGGCACAAUGCCAUCCUCCCGAUCGCCGUCUCCAGGUCUCCCUUCUCUAUCCAGCACCGUAGCGGUUAUCAAGGCACAGGCCUUUGGAGCUUUGCGGCGAACCCGGGCAAGGGGUAAGAAGUCAUCUGAAGGUGCUGCGAAGGUGGCCAUGGAUGUUUUGGAAGCGCGAGGCAUUGGGAUUGGCGGGCCUUCCACCGGUUCGAAACGCCAACGAACGGACAGUGACUCGAUGGAAUCGUAA